AGUCGUCGGUUGGCGCGCAACGGGUUCUAGGCUGUAGGCAGCGCGAGGACCCGUGGCCCCGCCCCGGCCCGGCCUGGCAAGGGGCCUCCCUUACUUGAGCUUUCCCUGUGCCUGAAGUUCUGCCUUGAACAGGGAGCAGAUGAUUCACCCAAAUCCAGCAGGUAGCAGAGGCAGCAGGCCGUGCCGGGGGGGCAUGUUGCUGUAACCAGUGGCCCAGGGGAUGUUACGGUGGACAGUGCACCUGGAGGGCGGGCCCCGCAGGGUGAACCAUGCUGCAGUGGCUGUUGGGCACCGGGUAUACUCCUUCGGGGGUUACUGCUCUGGUGAAGACUAUGAAACACUGCGUCAGAUUGAUGUGCACAUUUUCAAUGCAGUGUCCUUGCGUUGGACAAAGCUACCCCCGGUGAGACCCGCCAUCCGCGGGCAGGCUCCUGUGGUACCCUACAUGCGAUAUGGACACUCAACCGUCCUCAUCGAUGACACAGUCUUCCUUUGGGGAGGGCGGAAUGACACAGAAGGGGCCUGCAAUGUGCUCUAUGCCUUCGACGUCAAUACUCACAAGUGGUCCACACCCCGAGUGUCAGGAACAGUUCCUGGGGCCCGGGAUGGACAUUCAGCUUGUGUCCUGGGCAAGACCAUGUACAUUUUUGGAGGCUAUGAGCAGCUGGCGGACUGCUUUUCCAAUGACAUUCACAAGCUGGAUACCAGCACCAUGACAUGGACUCUUAUCUGUACAAAGGGCAACCCUGCACGCUGGAGGGACUUCCACUCAGCCACAAUGCUGGGUAGUCACAUGUAUGUCUUUGGGGGUCGCGCUGACCGCUUUGGGCCAUUCCAUUCCAACAAUGAGAUUUACUGCAACCGCAUCCGAGUCUUUGACACCAGGACUGAGGCCUGGCUGGACUGUCCACCCACUCCGGUGCUGCCCGAGGGGCGCCGGAGCCAUUCAGCCUUUGGCUACAAUGGGGAGCUGUACAUCUUUGGUGGCUAUAAUGCAAGGCUGAACCGGCACUUCCACGACCUGUGGAAGUUUAACCCUGCUUCCUUUACCUGGAAAAAGAUUGAACCGAAGGGGAAGGGGCCAUGUCCCCGUCGGCGCCAGUGCUGCUGUAUUGUCGGUGACAAGAUUGUCCUCUUUGGGGGUACCAGUCCGUCUCCUGAGGAAGGCCUGGGAGAUGAAUUUGACCUCAUAGAUCAUUCUGACUUACACAUUUUGGACUUUAGCCCUAGUCUGAAGACUCUGUGUAAAUUGGCUGUGAUUCAGUAUAACCUGGAUCAGUCCUGUUUGCCCCAUGAUAUCAGGUGGGAGCUGAAUGCCAUGACCACCAACAGCAAUAUCAGUCGCCCCAUCGUCUCCUCCCAUGGAUAGGAGGACGUUUCUGCCAUCUCCCCCCACUGAGCCUGCUGUUGUCUUCACUGCCCCUGCCCCUCUCACCCGCCUGCCCCUUUGGACCCAGGACUGGGUAUACCUCCGCAUGGAGCUGUUGGAGUAGAGGUGUUUUCUGUGCUGUGAACUCAGUGGGGAACUGUUGGGGGAGGGCUAGGUUCCCUCCCUCUUUGGGCCGAGGGCCCCUUCCCUUGGUGCUGUCCCAUCCACCUCCUUCCAACUGCUCCUGGGCCUCUGCUCUGCCCUAAGCCAGCCAGGCUCUGCUGGGAAGUGAAGGGAAUUGGGAUAAGGGAGAAGCAAGCAGUGUCUGGGCCUCAGGAGCUUCCCCCAGCUCUAUUUUCACCCCCUCUCCUUGCUUGAGCCAUGAGCAUUGUUUGGGAGCUGAGAGGAGUUGCAGCUGUUGCCAUGAAACCCUUCUCCCUGAGCUGGGGAAGGCGAGGACCAGCAGAUAAUCCCACCCUUCCUUGAGCUGUUGCUGUAACCUUGACGCUCUCAGCCAGCUCAGAUUUUAUAAAAAUGAAUUAAAAACCAAA